ACGCACGGCGUCGCGGAGCCUACUGGGAAUGCUGUGCAAAAUGGCGACGCCCAGUCUACACGGCCGACUGGCGCGGUUUUCGACUCCGGGAAAACCUAUCCUGAAACCCAACAAACCUCUUAUCUUAGCUAACCGCGUCGGGAACCGACGCCGAGAUAAAGGCGAGGCAACCUGUAUCACGGAGAUGUCGAUGAUGAUGGCUUGCUGGAAGCAGAAUGAAUUCCGCGACGAGGCGUGCAGGAAAGAGAUCCAGGACUUCUUCGAUUGUUCUUCCAAGGCUCAGAAAGCCAGGAAGAUGAGAUCAACCCAGGAGACAUUGGGACAGUCUGAGAGUUUACCUCCCCACCAAAUGACCAAAUUGUUACAGAGAUUUCCCAACAAAUCUCAUCUCAGCUGAAGAUGGAGAAACAUUUUCAAUGGACUCUUGUUUUUGACAGAUGUAUAAAAGCAUGUUAGGGAUGUUCGCAUUUGCAUUCCCGUCCGUUAUUGAAGAGUAAAACGAGGCAAGACACUUAAUUUUGCUCUUCUGGAUGAAUCAUGUUCUAGAUGCUGUCUUGAAAUAAAACCCUCUAAAAAGAAA